AUGUACUCUACACGUAACAACAAGCAGCAGGUGGUGGGCUUCUCGAACCCUCAAGCCCAACUCGCGCCUUUCUUUGGUCCUGGCAUGGGCCCAUCACCUCUGGUCGUUGGUUCUGCCCCUGUUUUGCCUGCGGCCAUGUUCUCUGAGCCGCAUGAAGGUUACGAGAAAAGGACGAAGGGAUUAAAGAGGCCGGAUCAGCCUCAUCGGCCCAUUCCUCCCCCUUGUGAGGAGCCGGCAGAGGUGACCGUCAAGUUGGCCACCUGCAAAAAUACAGCCAACUAUGCCGGACGCGUGGUUGGGAGUAUCAACCCUCUUUGGACGGUUGCUGAGCUCAAGCAACAUUUCGAGCUCCAGGCCAACCUCGGUGGGAUCCCCGCCAACAAGCAGGCCCUCCGGAUGGAGCGUCCUGCGGUUCCAGGGUUCGAUUCUGCAGAGUCUCUGGACGAUGUCGUUGUCCUCAAGUACAUUGGGGUUGACCGGGGUGCUCCGGUCUGUGUCAUUUGGCUAGAGCGUCGCAUGGAAAGUGGUGGUAUUCCGGCCAUGACUGUGGCUCCAGCCGGGGCUCCGACUGGCCUGCAGCAGUUGUUCCCGUUUUCGACCUCCGACGGGAAUCAAGUCCAACACCAUGUGCAGCUUCAACUCCAACAACUCCAGCACCAACAACAACAACAACUCCGGCAUCAACUACAGCUCCGACAACAAGUCCAAUACCAACAGCGGGUACGGCAGCGUGUUCUCCAAGAGGAGAAAAACACCGUUACCGGCUUCCAAGGCCCUAUCGUGAGGCCAAGCCAGCUACGGAGCGGUGGUGCUGUGGCUGGAGUUGUUGGUCCGACUCCCCAGGAAGCACCCAGACAGGCUGGGUCCAAUGAACCUGCAGGUUUAAGACAACGAGAACCUCCGCAAGCGUGGCGCCAGUCAAACCACCAUCAACAACGGCAUCACCCUUUUCAGAGGCCGAAAGACCAACACCGGGUCAGCAAACCGCAGGGGCAACGUUCCAAGCCACAGCAGCAGCAGCGAGCUCUCCCAGCGGAGAAUUCUGUGGUGACGCUGGGGCUGCCAGGGGGUGGUGAAGUUCAUGCUCCGUCUCGGGGAGCUCCUGCUGUGUUUGGUCUGGAGGCCAGAUCGCUGGUGUGGCAGGAUAGAGUCAGUGCCACCGAGCUGAAGCAAUACCAGCAGCAACGUGAACCCCAGCAAACCCUGGGGCAGAUGUGGGCGGAUAUUGAUGACUCCCCUAUUGUCGUCGACAAUGGACAUGAAAUCGACGACGACAACGGUUUUCUCAACGUCCUGCGUCACAUCCGUCCGGAAUCCGACGUCUCUGCCAUUAUUAAUGGCUCUCGGAUUCUGACCCAGCGGCGGCAGCGACAACCGCAAUGA